AUGGAUGAAUCUGAUAGUAAAUAUACAGAGGUUAUAAUGCCCCUCGAUUUUAAUGAAACGCUAUUCAACGGCACCAAAGAAACUCUCUGUGUAGUAAAUGAGACAGUUUUGAAUACGUCAUUGUGCAAUCAUUCUAACGUCACAAAUUCAGCGAGUAUCGCCCCUCCCGCUUCCCCGUAUCUAGCAUGGCAGCAAGUAAUUAUAGGCGUCGUGCUGGCAAUUAUGCUCGCCGGAACAAUUCUUGGAAAUAUAUUGGUCUGUUGUGCUGUGGGGAUUGUAAGAAAAUUACGAACUCCGUCAAAUAUGCUUAUCGUAUCGUUAGCAGUCUCUGAUUUAUUGGUGGGGCUUUGUGUGAUGCCUUUUACCACAUAUUACCAGCUCCGUGGCCACUGGUUAUUGGGCUCUAUACUCUGUGAUAUAUAUACCUCCCUUGAUGUACUCCUCUGCACGGCUUCCAUUUUGAAUCUCUGCGCUAUCAGUGUGGAUAGGUACUUCGUUAUUACAAGGCCAUUCCAGUAUGCCGCAAAACGCACUCCGAGACGCAUGGCCGUUAUGGUCGUCAUCGUCUGGCUCAUCGCGGCCGUCAUAUCGAUACCACCCAUGUUCGGUUGGAAAUCCCUUUAUGUUCAAGGAUUUUGUAUCAUUAGUCAGAAUAUUGGAUACCAGUUUUAUGCAACUUUCGGUGCUUUCUACUUACCAUUAUUUGUAAUGAUAGUCGUUUAUUAUAGAAUUUACAGGGUGUCUUCAAGGUUAGCUAAAACUGAACAAAGACAGCAAGGCGGGAGCAGUCUCACAAAUGACACUUCGCCAAAGCUAAGGUCACAUUCUACUUCGAGUAUUAAAGACAUAUUUAGGUUAAAGUCUCCUUGGAAAUCAACAAAAAGAGACUCAGUUGAUACGAGCAAAGAGGAGAAUCAUAAUUACCCUAAUGGUGACUUAAAAAUUGAUGAUUCUAGCGGUGUGUUGAUUCCUCCAUCGCGAAAUCCUCCCCAGCGCUCUCAUAGCCAUUCUCCGCGCCUUUCAUCUGCGAGAAAAUCUAUUUUUCAACGUUUAUCUCGAAAGGACAAUCACCACCAUCACAAUGCAACAGAACGCAAAGCCACAAAAACAUUAGGUGUUAUAAUGGGUGGUUUUACAGCUUGCUGGUUGCCAUUCUUCAUAUUAGCAGUCAUUCGACCAUUUUGUGUUGACCCAGAGACUCAAUUAGACUGCAUCCCAGUUUGGCUAACCAGUGUAUUCCAAUGGCUCGGAUACGCCAACUCCCUCCUCAACCCCAUCAUCUACGCCCGCUUCAACAGAGACUUCAGGGCACCGUUUAGGGAGAUCCUUUGCUGCCGAUGUAGUGGUAUUAACAUGAGACUACGAUCAAAAAGUUAUAUUGACGAAUAUGGUAGUUCUCGACCUAUAGUUUUAAGAGACAAUUUAAGAAGCACUAGGAUCACGUGUACAAUGCCUUCGGAUACUGUUGUCAGGUUUAGUAGCAAAAACGGAGACACGGAAACAGCGUUGAAAAUGAUUGGAGACAGUUGUAACGGGGACAAGCACGACUUAUGAUGAAGGAUGUAGUUCUUCCAACAUAUUAUUAAAAGUUCUUCCAAAGUCACCGUACCAAAAACCAAAUUGGACUUCACAAGUUCAAGAUAUUUAGAGUUAAAAACUAUCUGUGGUAGUAAACCAAUGAUCUGAUUUAAAGGUUGAUUAAGGUGGAAAAUUGCUUGAUUGGGAAGUCAUUAGGCUGUAGAUAUGUAGAUCCAUCUUUGGUUUAGGACUAGGGGGCUUAGUUCUACUUCGAUGCAGGUUUCCUGAAGGGUUGUAUCAACCGGAAAUCUGCAUAUAUUUAAUAUCAGAGUUAUUUACUUACCAAAAACAAGCAACUUUCUGUCUUGGAUACAACCUUUAGAAUAGGCUCGAGGUGAAUCUCAUAGUUUCAUGUCUUAAGUAAAGAUGGCAGUUAAAUUAAAACGUGCAUUUUCGCAUUUAUGGAAUAGUCAAAUCAUCAUCUACGUGUAUUGGUGAUAUGUGCUCAAAGUACAUUUAUGUAAAUAAUAUCGAAUAAUGCAGUUCAAUAUGUAAUCCAACGUUUACUUGUCAACACUAAAUCAAAG